GUUUCCCUCGAAGUAGUCCUCUUGAUUCUUUAAUCACUGACGCACAGGAAGUUAUUCAUUAAAGCUUUCCUCACUACCACCACUUCCAUCCCUGUGCUAGACAAAGCAAUCCCAGUUGAAUGCGUCAGACUGGGUAGAUCAUUCGUGCACUGCGAUCCGGCUAAGGAUCAGACUGUCAGUCUAUUGUAUUUGUAAGAGUUCUUAGGUGGACUACAUUUCCCAGCAUUCUUCAGGCACUGCCGGAUGUUUAGUUUUUAGAGCAAAGGAAAGCAUUUUGGAACAAGAUGGCUGUGCUGUUGGCUCGGUCGUUUCAGUGGUGAAACCCGGAUUGAACUUCGCAGCUGCCCUCCAAACGACUUCUUGAAGUGCCACUGGUUUUAUCUGCUGGUAUGGCUAUGGCAUGCAGAAAGGCUGUGUUCACUACUCUGGGAACAUGUUUCAAAGCAAUAACUAGACAAUCUCUGGCAUUCGACUUGGUUAUGUAUUGUUCUUGCAAUAAAUCUACAUAUUCAGCUCUUCCGGAUGACUACAACUGCAAAGUGGAACUUGGUGUGACAUCAGAUGGAAAGACUAUAGUUUGCUAUCACCCUUCAGUGGACAUUCCAUAUGAACACACAAGGCCAAUUCCACGGCUAGAUCCAGUGGAUUUUAAGGAAGAAACACAUGAUCAAGUGCUGAAAUCUAAGUUUAAAGUGGAAGAUCUCAAGAACAAUCAAGGUCCAACAAUUGAGGAACUUAGUAAAAUGUUUUAUACCACAAAACAUCGCUGGUAUCCAGUGGGGCAGUACCAUAAUAGACGCAAGAAAACCAAUACUCCCAAAGAUCGGUGAACAGGAGAGUGUGUGUCUUGCUUUAUCUUUCCUGUCAUUGAAGAAAAUUCCUGAAUAGAUGGACUAUACGUGUACACGGUCAUUAAAAUGUUUUUCUAUCUAAAAA